AUGGGCCUGCGUACCAUGCACUGGGACGAAUGGAUUGAAUUGGACAACCACUAUCCUAGAUUCCACGCCGAUAAGAAGCGCCGCAUCGAAGAACGAGGUAGCAAGUGUUUUCAUACAGACCCUAGCCCACAAGUCUUCGAUGGCGCAGUAGAACUUCUUGAAGAGCUUUGUGGUUAUCUACCUGAGCGUUACCCAAGCAUGUUCCGCAAGACUGAACAUGGAAUGGUCAACUUGUUUGCGGACGAGACCUUUGAUAUCAGGAAGGAUGUCUUGACCAUGAAUGGCAAUCGCGAGGAUCCCAUGCAGAUGGCUGCGCGGAUGGUGCAAGAUGACCUGGCAAUCAUGUUCGAAAAGGAAGACGGCCAGAUGUAUUUUCUUGCUGGUGCGAUCUUGCUGCCGGGUUUCUGGCGGUUGCAGGACAAGUUGGGCAUGUCUCUCGAUGAACUUCACUAUAGGUUACUCCGCAAAGGCAUGAACAACUUCUUCCGCCGUCUAAAGCCCGAAGCUCCAGUGAACCGCAACAACUAUUUCCUACAAGUUGACGAGGAUCUUGCUUGGUCCUACAGUAUUGGAGAUGAGGAUAACGCUGAACCCUCUUGGGACACUGCCGCUGCCAAUCGCGCCAUCGAACAUCAUCAUUUCCGCUCCGAACGCCAGUCCUUACGUCGCCUACCUAGAUCUGGAGGUGUAUUGUUUACCAUUCGCACAUACUUCCAUCCGAUCACCGAUAUCGCGAACGAGGAUUAUGUGCCUGGAAGAUUGGCUAGUGCGGUCAGGAGUUGGGGUGAUGAUGUUAGUAAGUACAAGGGCAAGGCAAAGUACGGGGAUGUGCUGUUGUCUUAUCUGGAUAAGAAACAUGAGGAGCAAGUGGCCAAUGGACUGGAUUUGAGUAGAGAAGAUGACUGUAGAGCAUAUCCUUAUUGA